AUGCCUCUCAUCAAUGGCUCCAAGUAUUCUUGCGAGCCAUGCAUUCGCGGUCAUCGAGCAACGUCUUGCGCGCAUACGGACAGAAUCUUGAUCGAAGUCCGCAAACCGGGUCGACCACUCGAGAGUUGCGGUCACAAUCUCAACACUUGUCACUGUGGUAGAGUUGCAGAGAUUUUUGCAGUAAAUGAUGUCUUGUCGGAUACUUCCCCGAGUCAAUCCGAAACAGGCUCUGACUCUAAUAUCAUCGUAACCACUUCGUCCGCACCUACAAGCUCCUCAAAGUCCAAGGCUCGCAUCAAGAGCCAGUCUCGUGUUACCAAACGAUCAAAGAAGAAGACUGACACGCCGCCGAAAUCACCACCAAGCAGAAGCUCGCCAGAGACCUCGGCCUCUCAUCCCGAGAGAUUACAGUUGACACAAAAAAUUCAACAACCGGCGCCAAUCAUGGCUUCCAAUAUGAUCCACGACGAAACCUUUUCUUAUUCACCUCCUAUUCAAUCGAGCACCUACAAUCAACCAGUGGAAUACAUCCCUUUUAACUUCCCACCGUACCAAUCUAUAUCUCCACUGCAAAGCAAUUAUGUGAACUGCCCAUCCAGUCAACAGUACACUGGGCCUGGUGGACAUCAAAUCCUUUACGAGCAGCCACAGCAUGAAGUGAGUCCCUCCAGCCGGUUUGAAGAUGUCUCAAUGGGACAGGACCAUCACUUUCAAGCACAGCAAGGGACCAAUCACACAGGAAUGAGGCCUCACUAUAUCCUGGCGACGCGAGACUCCGCUUGGUGA